CUGUCCGUGUCCGGCGGCCGCCGCUGCCGCCUCCGGAGACGCUUCCCGAUAGAUGGCUGCAGGCCGCGGAGGAGGAGGAGGUGGAGUUGCUGCCCUUCCGGAGUCCGCCCCGUGAGGAGAAUGUCCCAGAAAUCCUGGAUAGAAAAUACUUUGACCAAGAGGGAAUGUGUAUAUAUUAUACCAAGUUCCAAAGACCCUCACAGAUGCCUUCCAGGAUGUCAGAUUUGUCAGCAGCUUGUCAGGUGUUUUUGUGGUCGCUUGGUCAAGCAGCAUGCUUGUUUUACUGCAAGUCUUGCCAUGAAAUACUCAGAUGUGAAAUUGGGUGAUCAUCUUAAUCAGAUAGAAGAGUGGUCUGUGGAAAAGCAUACAGAACUGAGUCCAACAGAUGCUUAUGGAAUCAUAAAUUUUCAAGGGGGUUCUCAUUCAUACAGAGCAAAGUAUGUGAGAUUAUCAUAUGACACCAAACCUGAAGUCAUUCUGCAACUACUGCUUAAAGAAUGGCAAAUGGAAUUACCCAAACUGGUUAUCUCUGUCCAUGGGGGCAUGCAGAAAUUUGAGCUACAUCCACGAAUCAAGCAAUUGCUUGGAAAGGGUCUUAUCAAAGCUGCAGUUACAACCGGAGCCUGGAUUUUAACUGGAGGCGUAAACACCGGUGUGGCAAAGCAUGUGGGUGACGCCCUGAAAGAACAUGCCUCCAGGUCCUCCCGAAAGAUUUGCACCAUCGGGAUUGCGCCCUGGGGAGUGAUCGAAAACAGAAAUGAUCUGGUUGGAAAAGAUGUGGUUGCUCCUUAUCAAACUUUAUUGAACCCUCUGAGUAAAUUGAAUGUUCUGAAUAAUCUCCAUUCCCAUUUCAUAUUGGUGGACGAUGGCACUGUUGGAAAGUAUGGGGCAGAAGUCAGACUGAGAAGAGAACUUGAGAAAACCAUUAACCAACAAAGAAUUCAUGCUAGAAUUGGCCAGGGUGUCCCUGUGGUAGCACUUAUAUUUGAAGGUGGGCCGAAUGUCAUUCUCACGGUUCUCGAAUACCUUCAGGAGAGCCCUCCCGUUCCGGUGGUUGUGUGUGAGGGAACCGGGAGAGCGGCAGACCUCCUGGCGUACAUUCACAAACAGACAGAAGAAGGAGGGAAUCUUCCUGAUGCCGCAGAGCCUGAUAUUAUUUCAACCAUCAAGAAAACAUUUAACUUUGGCCAGAGUGAAGCAGUUCAUUUAUUUCAAACAUUGAUGGAGUGCAUGAAAAGAAAAGAACUUAUCACUGUCUUCCACAUUGGAUCAGAUGAACAGCAAGAGAUAGAUGUAGCAAUACUUACUGCACUGCUUAAAGGUACCAAUGCAUCUGCAUUUGACCAGCUUAUCCUUACAUUGGCAUGGGAUCGAGUUGACAUUGCCAAAAAUCAUGUAUUUGUUUAUGGACAGCAGUGGCUGGUUGGAUCUUUGGAACAAGCAAUGCUUGAUGCGCUUGUAAUGGACAGAGUUUCAUUUGUAAAACUUCUUAUUGAAAAUGGAGUAAGCAUGCACAAAUUUCUUACCAUUCCUAGACUGGAAGAACUUUACAAUACUAAACAAGGUCCAACUAAUCCAAUGCUAUUUCACCUUGUUCGAGAUGUGAAACAGGGAAACCUUCCUCCAGGAUAUAAAAUCACUCUAAUUGAUAUAGGACUUGUUAUUGAAUAUCUAAUGGGAGGAACCUAUAGAUGCACCUAUACUCGGAAGCGUUUUCGAUUAAUAUAUAAUAGCCUUGGUGGAAAUAACCGGAGGUCUGGCCGGAAUACCUCCAGCAGCACCCCUCAGUUGCGAAAGAGUCAUGAAUCUUUUGGCAAUAGAGCAGAUAAAAAGGAAAAAAUGAGACAUAAUCAUUUUAUUAAAACAGCACAGCCCUACCGACCAAAGAUUGAUACAACUAUGGAUGAAGGAAAAAAGAAAAGAACCAAAGAUGAAAUUGUAGAUAUUGAUGACCCAGAAACCAAGCGCUUCCCUUACCCACUUAAUGAACUGUUGAUUUGGGCAUGUCUUAUGAAGAGGCAGGUUAUGGCUCGUUUUCUCUGGCAGCAUGGUGAAGAAUCAAUGGCUAAAGCAUUAGUCGCCUGUAAGAUCUAUCGUUCAAUGGCAUAUGAAGCAAAGCAGAGUGACCUUGUAGAUGAUACUUCAGAGGAAUUGAAGCAGUAUUCUAAUGAUUUUGGUCAGUUGGCAGUGGAAUUAUUAGAACAAUCUUUCAGACAAGAUGAAACCAUGGCUAUGAAAUUGCUCACUUAUGAACUGAAAAACUGGAGUAAUUCCACCUGCCUUAAAUUAGCAGUUUCUUCAAGACUUAGACCUUUUGUAGCCCACACCUGUACACAAAUGUUGUUAUCUGAUAUGUGGAUGGGAAGGCUGAAUAUGAGGAAAAAUUCCUGGUACAAGGUUAUUUUAAGCAUUUUAGUUCCACCUGCUAUACUAAUGCUAGAGUAUAAAACUAAGGCUGAAAUGUCCCAUAUUCCACAAUCCCAAGAUGCCCAUCAAAUGACAAUGGAGGAUAGUGAAAACAACUUUCAGAACAUAGCAGAAGAGAUACCCAUGGAAGUGUUUAAAGAAGUAAGAAUAUUGGACAGCAGUGAAGGAAAGAAUGAAAUGGAAAUACAAAUAAAAUCAAAAAAGCUUCCAAUCACACGAAAGUUUUAUGCCUUUUAUCAUGCACCAAUUGUAAAAUUCUGGUUUAACACGUUGGCAUACUUAGGGUUUUUGAUGCUUUAUACAUUUGUGGUCCUUGUACAAAUGGAACAACAACCUUCAGUUCAAGAAUGGAUUGUUAUUGCUUAUAUAUUUACCUACGCGAUUGAGAAAGUCCGUGAGAUCUUUAUGUCCGAAGCUGGAAAGAUAAAUCAGAAGAUUAAAGUGUGGUUUAGUGAUUACUUCAAUAUUAGUGAUACAAUUGCCAUCAUUUCUUUCUUCAUUGGAUUUGGACUGAGAUUUGGAGCAAAGUGGAACUUUGAGAAUGCAUAUGAUAAUAAUGUUUUUGUGGCAGGAAGAUUAAUUUACUGUCUUAACAUUAUAUUUUGGUAUGUGCGUUUGCUAGAUUUUCUUGCUGUAAAUCAACAGGCAGGACCUUAUGUAAUGAUGAUUGGAAAAAUGGUGGCCAAUAUGUUCUACAUUGUAGUGAUUAUGGCUCUUGUAUUACUUAGUUUUGGUGUUCCCAGAAAGGCAAUACUUUAUCCUCGUGAAGAACCAUCUUGGACACUUGCUAAAGAUAUUGUUUUUCAGCCUUACUGGAUGAUUUUUGGUGAAGUUUAUGCAUAUGAAAUUGAUGUGUGUGCAAAUGAUUCCACUAUCUCUUCAAUCUGUGGUCCUGGGACAUGGUUGACUCCAUUUCUUCAAGCAGUCUACCUCUUUGUACAGUAUAUCAUUAUGGUCAAUCUUCUUAUUGCAUUUUUCAACAAUGUGUAUUUCCAAGUGAAGGCAAUUUCCAAUAUUGUAUGGAAGUACCAGCGUUACCAUUUUAUUAUGGCUUAUCAUGAGAAACCAGUUCUGCCUCCACCGCUGAUCCUUCUCAGCCAUAUAGUUUCUCUGUUUUGUUGCGUAUGUAAAAGAAGGAAAAAAGAUAAGACUUCAGAUGGACCAAAACUUUAUUUAACAGAAGAAGAUCAAAAGAAACUUCAUGAUUUUGAAGAGCAAUGUGUUGAGAUGUUCUUUAAUGAGAAAGAUGACAAAUUCCAUUCUGGGAGUGAAGAAAGAAUUCGUGUUACCUUUGAAAGAGUGGAACAGAUGUGCAUUCAGAUUAAAGAAGUUGGAGAUCGUGUCAACUACAUUAAAAGAUCAUUGCAGUCAUUAGAUUCUCAGAUUGGUCAUUUGCAAGAUCUUUCAGCCCUAACUGUAGACACAUUAAAAACACUCACUGCCCAGAAAGCUUCUGAAGCUAGCAAAGUUCACAAUGAAAUCACUAGAGAAUUGAGCAUAUCCAAACACUUGGCUCAAAACCUUAUUGAUGAUGGUCCUGUAAGACCUUCUGUGUGGAAAAAGCACAGUGUUGUAAAUACACUUAGUUCCUCUCUUCCCCAAGGUAGUGUUGAAAGUAAUAAUCCUUUUCUAUGUAAUGUUUUUAUGAAAGAUGAAAAAGAUCCCCAAUCUGACAUAUUUGGUCAGGAUUUACCUAUAAUACCCCAGAGAAAAGAAUUCAGUUUUCCGGAGGGUGGUUCAUCUUGUGGUGCCUUAUUCCCAAGUGCUAUUUCUCCCUCAGAACUUCGACAGAGGCUUCCUGGAGUAGAAACAUUAAAAAUGUUUAGUAAAAGUCAAAAAUUAGGUAGUUCAUCAGCUAGUAUCCCACAUCAGUCAUCCCCACCAACCAAAUUUUUUGUUAGUACACCAUCUCAGCCAAGUUGUAAAAGCCACUUGGAAAAUGUAACCAAAGAUUCAGAAACUAUUUGCCCUAAAGGCGCAGAAGGAGAUAAUAUAGAAUUUGGAGCAUUUGUAGGACAUAGAGAUAGCAUGGAUUUACAAAGGUUUAAAGAAACAUCAAUCAAGAAUGCUACUCCUCCUGAAAGCACUUUGAAACAUGUGAGUUCUUACGCCGGAUUUACCGAAGGUCACAAAGCUUCUGUUUCUCUUCAUUCAGAACAAGUGGAAAGCAGCAGUAGAAGGCCAUCUGCAGAAGAAACCCAAGAAGUAAAUUCCAAGGCAGCUUUACUGCCGGAUUGGUUACAAGAUAAACCAUUGAACAGAGAAAUACCGUCUGAAGAAGGAACGUUAAAUGGUCUUGCUUCUCCAUUUAAGCCAGUUAUGGAUACAAAUUACUAUUACUCAGCUGUGGAAAGAAAUAACUUGAUGAGAUUAUCCCAGAGCAUUCCAUUCACACCUGUGCCUCCAAGAGGUGAGCCUGUCACCGUGUACCGCUUGGAGGAGAGCUCACCCAGUAUCCUGAACAACAGCAUGUCCUCAUGGUCACAGCUCGGCCUCUGUGCCAAAAUAGAGUUUUUAAGUAAAGAAGAGAUGGGAGGAGGCUUACGGAGAGCUGUCAAAGUACAGUGUACCUGGUCAGAACACGAUAUCCUCAAAUCAGGCCAUCUUUAUAUUAUCAAGUCUUUCCUUCCGGAAGUGGUCAACACAUGGUCAAGUAUUUAUAAAGAGGAUACCGUUCUGCACCUCUGUCUCAGAGAAAUUCAACAGCAGAGAGCAGCACAAAAGCUCACAUUUGCCUUCAACCAAAUGAAACCCAAAUCCAUACCAUAUUCUCCAAGGUUCCUUGAAGUUUUCCUGCUAUAUUGCCAUUCAGCAGGACAGUGGUUUGCUGUGGAAGAAUGCAUGACUGGAGAAUUUAGAAAAUACAACAAUAACAAUGGUGAUGAGAUUAUUCCAACUAAUACACUGGAAGAGAUCAUGCUGGCCUUUAGCCACUGGACUUACGAAUAUACCAGAGGAGAGUUAUUGGUGCUUGAUUUACAAGGUGUGGGCGAAAAUUUGACUGACCCAUCUGUGAUAAAGGCAGAAGAAAAGAGAUCCUGUGAUAUGGUUUUUGGUCCGGCAAAUCUAGGAGAAGAUGCAAUAAAAAACUUCAGAGCAAAACAUCACUGUAAUUCUUGCUGUAGAAAACUUAAACUUCCAGAUCUGAAGAGGAAUGACUAUACACCUGAUAAAAUCAUAUUUCCUCAGGAUGAGCCUGCAGAUUUGACUCUUCAGCCUGGAGAUUCCACCAAAGAAUCUGAGUCAGCCAGUUCUAUUCGUCUGAUGUUAUAAGAAUACUGAGUCAAUUUUCUUUUUUUUUUUUCUUUCUUUUCUUUUUGUCUACACCUCACCCAAACUGUUAGUGUCACUUUUCCUUUAGCAGGAAAUGGUUGGUUCCUGGAGAAGUGUGUGUGCAGGUUGUCUGCGCUGACUCUGACCGGGAGGAAGAUCCCUCUUCUUCCGACCUGAUGAGUCUGCUCAGCCAGAAACUCCCUGUAGGAGAGAGUGGGCAGCUGUUAAGUUUUAAAGGAAAUUAGUAUUUAUAACUUUUUAAGGGCUUUUCCCCCCUGCCCUCACUCCCCACCCUCUCCCCCAGGAUUUCAUUUGACUCUGUCCUCAUGAGGGUCCUGCCCUCUCUCCUGUGGUGCAAUACCAUUAACCAAAGUUAGGUGUCCUUGCAGAUGACACUGGCAGCUGGCUUACUGCCGUGCAGGUAGCGAAGAGAAGAAAUGACCCACCCUUUUGGGUUCAGUGGCAGUCAGAGGUUUCCUCGGUGUGUUCUGGUGUGUACAUCGAUGGAAGUUACUGGAAUCCAGCUAGCAGGUUAUUGGUCCAGGUAAAGGAGGUAACUUAAUAAUUUAGGCUCACAGAAAUAGAAGAAGCCUUUGCUGAAACCAUUUUCAAAGAGGGACUCUAAGAAUCAGGGUUUGACUCCAUAUUUAAAGAUAGAGCCAAUUUAUAUAGAGCCCAAAUUGUGCAAAAGUAUUGGUGGGUUUUGUUUUUGUUUUUUAUAAACAUUGUUUUAUCAAGUUAUUAUUAAGUAGAAGAAAGCCAUGAUAGAUUGGUAUAAAUGAGCAAAGGAAAAAACUUCAGGCACUAUUAGACAGAAGUUACCUAGUGAGAAAAGUUAAAAGUGCUUUUUUCCUAUCUAUAUCUGUAGUGACAACCUGGAAAUUGCAUACUUUUCCAAAGAUUUUAUUGACCGGUAGAUCAGUCAGAAUGUGUAAACAUGAACUCUUACAUAUUUAAAAGUGGGCAGGAACAACUGAAUAUGAGGGUUUUGGGGGAAAGUUUGUGUGUGUGUAUGUGUGUGCGUGGUACUUAUUUAAGAAACUGAGUUGGAUUAUUAUGUGAUGUCGGGAGAUUGCAAUGCAACAUUAUGCCAAUAAAAUGUAAUUUAACUGCCCCAGAUAUUGUUGAAUACUCAACAGUAAGAAAAGCUUUUCAUCUGACUAAAGUUUUACGCUUUGUUUUUUUUUUUUUCUUUUUACUUUCUAGGUACUAAUUUUUAUUUUUAUUUGGAGGGAGCAGUGUAAAUCUUAUUUGUAUUCUGUAGUGUAUCUCAUAGAUACAGACAAAGCAAGAAGUGAGAAACUGUUUAAAUAGUGUUUAAUAUUGAUGAGGGGAGAAAGAAAAAGUGUAUUAAAGAUAAUAUUCUAUAUACAUUUUGUAUAUCAUUAAAUCUUUAAAAGAAAUUAAAUAAAUUUAUUCUUGUUUACA